UAGAUCUCCCUAUAAAAUACUAGAACUAGCCAAAGGGAUUACCCUUUGGCUAGUAACAACUAAAUUAUAGCAUUCUACUUCAUAAUCUUCAAAGGAUCCCUAUUCCUUACUUUUACCCUUUUAAAAUCAAACCUCCCAACCCUCCCCUCUCACCAACCAUCAUCAUAAAAUCUAGUAAAAAGAGUCAAACCCACACCACGCUCAGAUCUGAGCUCAGGACCUCGCCGACGUCGUCCUGCAAGCCCAUCGCCGAUGAGCCAAUCAGCUCUCACCAGCAACACUCCGUCCUUCAAACCCUCCUAGCUCGUUCUCUCUCGAUCGAUACCAUUAAUGGAGCAUCUCGACCAACCGGUCGCAGGCUAGUCACCAACGGUUAAUUAGCCGAACGAGACCAUGGAAGGCCAUAUCCUCUUUCGUCUCUUUUUGUCCGAUCUGAGUUUGGGUAUGGUUUGAUUUUGAUAUUGAUUCCAAUGUGCGAGAAAAAAAGAAAGGACAGCAAAACGGAAAUGAUUGAGGGGAUGAGAAAGUUAUGGCAGCCAUGUACGACUAGAUCAUCACCUCUUUUCCUUUUCAUCUUCUUCCUUUUCACUGCCGCUUUAAUAUUCUCCACGCGCUUCUUCGACACCACCGAAAUUUUAAGUAACCUGCCUUUCCACAGCCUUCCACCACCUCAAAAUCACACAAAACUCAAUAUUCCAGUCAAUUGUACUGCUUAUGGUAACAUAGGCACUUGCCCCUCAAAUCAUUCCACUGCUUACAAUCCAUAUCUAGAUCAAGAUCGUCCAUUGUCACCAACAUGUCCAGAAUACUUUCGUUGGAUUUAUGAAGACUUAAAGCCAUGGGCUCAAACAGGUGUAACAAGAGACAUGGUAGAGCGAGCCGAAAGUAUGGGCCUUGCUAACUUUAGACUCGUCAUAGUAAAAGGCAAGGCCUAUGUGGAGUAUUAUAGGCAUUCUUUUCAAACUAGAGAUAUUUUUACUCUGUGGGGGAUCUUACAGCUGUUAAGGAGAUACCCAGGUAGAGUCCCUGAUUUGGACCUUAUGUUCAAUUGUGGUGAUCUACCAAUCGUUCAGUCAGCAGUAUUUAGUGGGCCCAAUGCCCCAAUACCACCUCCAGUGUUUAAUUAUUGUAAAGAUAAUACUACACUUGACAUUGUCUUCCCAGAUUGGUCUUUUUGGGGUUGGCCUGAGAUAGACAUAAAGCCAUGGACACCAUUGUUGAAAGAAAUUAAGGAAGGUAACAAGAUGAAAAAAUGGGUGGAGAGAGAACCUUAUGCUUAUUGGAAAGGAAACUCACAUGUUACUCGCAAUAGACGAGAUCUUUUCAAAUGUAAGGCUUCUUUAUUUUAUGACUGGAAAGCUCGUCUUUAUGCUCAAGAUUGGAAUCGAGCAGCAAGGCGUGGAUACAAGAGAUCAAAUUUAGCUGACCAAUGCACUCAUAGGUUUAAGAUUUAUAUUGAAGGGAAUGCUUGGUCUGUUAGUCAUAAAUACAUUCUUUCAUGCAAUUCAGUUACAUUAACUGUAAAACCACGUUACUAUGAUUUUUUCGCUCGAGGCUUGAUUCCGAGGCACCAUUAUUGGCCGAUCAAAGUUAAUGACAAGUGUAGAUCGAUUAAAUAUGCUGUUGACUGGGGCAAUUUUCACCAAAAAGAGGCACAAGAAAUUGGAGAACAAGGGAGUAAAUUCAUUGAAGAAGAGUUGAAAAUGGAUUAUGUGUAUGAUUUCAUGCUUAAUAUUCUAAUUGAAUAUGCCAAACUCUUAAAAUAUAAGCCCACUAUACCCCCACGAGCUACUGAACUUUGUUACGAGACAAUGGCUUGCCAAGCAGAUGGCAUAGCACAAGAAUUUAUGAUGGAAUCAAUGGAGAAGGCUCCCACAGACACUGUCCCUUGCACAAUGCCACCUCCUUAUAAUGUUUCAUCUUUAGCGUCUUUUCUUGAGAGAAAAGAUAUUUUAAUUAAAGAAGUAGAGUUAUGGGAAAAGAAGUAUCAAGAUAAUCAAAACUGGAAUCCAUAGAUUUUUUUUUUGUUUGUAAUACAUACAUAUUUUUUUGACAUACAAAUAAAACAUGAUAGAUUUUUAUUGGGGA